AUGGACUCAGUAACAAAUUUCUUUUGGAACGAUACCUACAAUGCUAGUGCAGCACCCAAGUCGACGCUUAAGGGUAAGAAAGUGCAUAGCAGCAUAGAGGGGAGAGACCAGGUGAGGAAGGAUGGUGCAUCCGGUGCUGCUAAGGCUGCUGACCCUACGCGUAGUAGUUUGCAAUCUCCCAACAAUCAGAGUCCUAGCAGCGGAGGAUUUCCUUCGACGUCGAAUAUUCAAAAGAUGAUGACGGAUACCCUGGUAGAGAAGAUAAUCAAGAUGGCAUUGCCGCCUUCUUCCAAGACGGCGGUUGACACCAUUCAAAAUCGUAUGGUUGCUGGUAAAGAGAGGCCCAAGCUGUCUGUACAAAUCAUGAGUAGAAAUUUCAUUCAGAUGAAUUCAAGAUUAGGGGUACCUUUUAUGAUUAUGGAUGAAAUCAUAAAGAUUUUGAACUGGACUAACCCAGCGUACACGAUAUCCGUAAUGUGCUUGUACACCUUUAUUAUCCUGAGACCCUUCCAAAUGCUCUCGUGCAUUCCAAUUUUCUAUUUAUUAUUUGGUGUGAUGGUCCCGCAAUACCUUUAUAUUCAUAAACCAAACCCAACACCGUAUUUGGAUAAUAACCCCACACCCGCACAGGGUCCUCCCUUGCGGAAGCCCGAAGUUCCUAAACCAGUUCCUGAACUGAGCCAAGAGUUUGUUUUGAAUCUAACAGACUUACAAAACCACAUGCUAUUAUAUGUGAAAUUUUACGACUUUACGCUGUUCUUCUUGCAAAAGUUUGCAUUCUUUACCAAUGAGGCAAUCUCGUCGUUCUAUUUUGUCGUGCUGCUAAUAAUUGCUACGGUAAAUUUUCUUUAUAUGGACAAGUUAAUCAUGCUUGUUCCGAUUAGACCUGUUUUAAUACUCUUUGGUUGGUGUUUUUUUAUUGCCUCAAAUCCAUCCAAUCGAGAGUAUCUACUAACUAAAUUAAACUCAGAGGAUACACGAUUGAAAACCUUGACUUUGACGUCAAAUGUAGAAUCUAAAAUUCUGGAACAUUUGAAGCUCAUUGAGGGUAGGGAGCACCGAUUGGUAAUUGUUUUUGAGAUCCAGAAAUAUCUGCCUGCCUAUAAAGAGUGGCGCCCGGUUGGAUUUUCUGAUGACGACUAUGCUCUUUUCUCUGAUCUAAGAAUUUACCAAAAGCCUAUUGAAGAGAACUCAGUGAAGUCUCAAGAUCAUAUAAAGCCACCAAAAGAUUGGGAGUGGGACUCGAAUUCUCACUGGGUGCUUGAUUUGGACCCUAAGGAGUGGGUGGAAGACGAAUUCAUUCAGUAUGUAGAGAUAGACUCAGAGACAAAAUGGGUAUAUGACCUGAAUCUUGAUGGACAGAGAGGUUCAUAUAGAAGGAGAAUGUGGACAAAUAGUUGCGUUAGACAAAAAUUGGAUUCUAAUAUCUCAGCGAGUCUCGGCGAAGAGGAGAUCGUCAACCCCUUAAGAGAAGAAACAUACAGGCAAGGCGUUCAUGGCGUAACCAAAGGCUCAAUGAGCGGCGGUUUAACUCAUGCAAGCGAUGAUGAUGAUACAGAUGGGACCAUUCCUGACCUGGGUCGUGCUGACGCUGACGCGUCUUAUCCAUCAAUUGAAGAACUCACAGAUACCCUUAAUUCCACCAUAUAG